AUGCCCGGUUUUGCCAUGGAGCGUACUAAUGCCACUAAUAGAGCAUCGGAUUUCGACAUAGAAUGCGAGACAGACUCAGCAGAACCGCAUAAAAAAUCUCACUCGAAUGGUCUCACGAAGAGGCAGCGAUCGCCUACCCACGAACAACCGCGGCAGCGCGAUGGUCCCACAGUGUCGCUGGAUGGACUGCCUCCUGAGCUCGCCCAUAUUACCAUCGGAUUCUUCCCUUUCUCGCAGCUUAUCAGCCGAGUUACGCAGCAAACAUGGAAUACGUUGAACGAACUGCUUGUUGACUUAGGGAGUGCUCACGCGACACAGGAUAAUGCGCCGGCGCAAUUAGCCUUAGCUAAAAAUACGAUGGGCGGAAGAGGGCGCGCGGACCAAGCGGCGGAAGAUACUUUGAAGAAGAUUCGUAUUCUAGAUUUCGCACAGUCAAGGCGGGCAGAAUUCAUUAAACUGCUUGUACUUUCACAGUGGGGUCGGCAAGCGAGUGAAGUCAGCAGGCUCAUUGACAUUCAUGCAUUCGUUCGCCAUCGAUAUACAUCCUAUGCGAUAGCGCUACAACGGAUUGGAGAUAUGAAGCAUGAUCUUGUCGGAGCCCAGUUUGCGAACCCUGACCUAGAAAUUGCUCUGGACGUUCUAUCUGGGGAAGAAAAUGGCACGAGCUCAACGCUCAAGUUCUUCUCACCAGAUGUGUUAACCCCUCAUGCGAUGCUAGCAACUCUUCGGAGAAUUAAUAAAUUAAUUAACAUGCGCCUGACGCUCUUCGAACACGUUCCAAAUAUUUUUUCGAAUUACUUAGUUCAUGAUGGAAGAGUGACGUUCACUGUCCCUACUGAGUUUGAAAUUGAUCUAUCCGUCGCAUUUGAAGCCCAUACAGCCCAGUUUUUUUUGGUGGAUAUUAGAUUUUUAUUCUCACCCUCGUCAAACCCGAAAAAAAGACUGCGUACGCUCCUGGACCAAAAGGUCAAUACCACUUUGAUGAACUCCGGGCUCAUUGGGUGUUUCAACUUAUUGCAUAACAUUGUGUUAACGCACAAAAUCACCAUUCUUUUCAGGCAAGCCGUAGAGCUUGCCCGCAACUCCUGGGCUGAGAAUUUACGCGUGGAAUUGCUCCGUCGUACACUGGUUGUACAAUACUGGACUAAACAAGCUGGAAAAAAGAGUUGGAUUGAAAUUGGGGUUCGAAAAGGAUCUAGCUACGAUACUCCCGGCAAUACCUCGGAUUCAUCCUUGCAUGUUCGCUGGAUGCGUGAUAACCAAGAAGUUGACGGAAGUAAAAUACAAUUCAAUUUGGAGUCACUUAAUAUGGAGUCAAUACUUCUAAGCGUCAUAUCUUUGCAUAUUACUCACAUACUUCGCCUUGCCUUCGAUAGUGUUCGCGAGAGCCGCUUGUAUCGCUUGGGUGAACUUUAUAUAGGAAUGUACGGUUCAUCCAGGAGCCCUGGUUACCUACAAAUGCAACUCACACAGGCGAACCACUUGAAGGUAAUGAUGGACGCGAUAUCCGGCAACGUCGUCCUGCGAAUAGUGCCGUUAACUUUAAGUCGAUAUGACAGUGAUCUAAAAUCAGAUAAAGGGGUUGCUGAUAGUCUCGUUGGACGAGUUUCUAGAAUUCGCUGUCUAACCGCCCUAGAGGAAGUUGAGCGUCAAGCAAAGAUCGUUGGAUGGAUGCCCUUUAACAUGAGACGUAUCCAUCCAGAGCACCUUAGGCGCGUCUUCUCGCCGCAAGCCCUCCGCUCCAUGCUUUUUUUUCGCCACAAAUCCUGGGAGUUGCCGCUUCUCAUUGCUUUCACCAGCACCAUGGAUGGGGACACCUGGUGGAUUGUGAGCCUUCACGUUCAACAUGCUUCUACUGUCCCCAGCCAUACGGGGUUGCUGGAAUUGGCGAGCGCCAAAGCUAUUUCCGGUUGGUUUAGUACCUCGUCCAGGCCAUUAAACAAUGCUCACUUUCAAAAUCUCGCUACCGCUCUCUCCGGUAUGAUUAUGCUUCAAUCGAGCGUUGAUUUUCUUGAUUCUUUCGAUGGGAUUCGUUAUUUUCCAGCCGCCAAAAAUUUGGCAAUACAACCCUAUCUGCGUGUACCAAGCAUGUACCUCCGUUUCGGUGAUGGUGCGUUCCGAUCCCACCUUUAUCUUACGACCAUGAGUCCAAAACGGUCUCCCAUAGGUGAAACGUUUAGGAUAUCAUUCAAAGGGAUCGAGCAGCAUUCUGGUUAUGCUAUCAUGGUCAUUUUCGGCCAGCUGAAGACGGCCGCCGCCGACAUGGCUAAACUAUAUGCGAAUAUGCCAGGGGACGUAACAUUCCAGCCGGGCGGACGUCGUUUCGCCAUAAUGUUGCGCGUUCCAGUCGGAGCUCCUAUUAUCCCGUCCUUUCUUGAGAAGCUACAAGAAAUCAGCGACACUGUUGCUACGAUUGAAUUGAUGAAAGAUCAAGGGUUCGACUCUUUUUCUCUUGGCCCUUCUCGAUUAAAUUUCAUUUACCCUGACGACAAAGAACUUCGCGGCAGCAUCAAGUUCUCGUACGAACGCAAUAACGCUCAACAUUUGCCUGAAAAGACCUCAACACAGGCAAGUUUGAUGCGGCGACCUCAAAUGGGCAUCGACUUUAAUAUCCGAAAUCCACAUUAUCGUAUCAGGGAGUCUCUCUCUGCCACCCUGAAUCUCAACCAAGGUGGUCUGAGAUUAACCACUGAACUGCUCACACUAACGUUACCCGUAUUGCGUGCACUAGAGAAAAUUUGCUCCGAGUCAGGUGAAAAUAAUCCGCGGUGUUUUUGGACGCAAUUCGCGGCACGAAGCGCAAAACAGUAUCAAAUCCGUUACCCAUACCUCAGAUAUCAUUUCUAUCUUAGUGUUAACCAACGAAGGGGCCAUGUUAUUUGGAUCCUGCAAAAUUGCACGCCGACAGUUGUGAAGUCAGAUCAUACCGCUUUGGAACUUCGUUUGAAAGAUAAAAUCUACACUUGCCAGGGCACAGGAUGGAGAGGCAUCAAUCAGGGCGGCAUCGCACAUGCAGAGAAUGCCUGCGAUCUCAUUUUUAAUAUUCACUACUUAAUUAAAGCCUACAUCUCGCAAAUAUCGCAGACAAGCUUACGCGAUAGCCCUAAGCUUAAUUCCGCGGCAGACAAUCAACCCGAAAAGAGUAUAUCCAAUGCGAAACCACACAUCCCACAACCUCAGACUUCUUCCCAGCGGAAUAAUGUGAUCACCAUAGACUAA